UGUAACCAUGGGCAGGAUGUCGGCCCAGACUGCAACGAUCAGCCGCACGUACUGGGAGCCGAUUCCGGUAGGUCUGGCGCCCGGGGGAUUGCAGCCUCGAAGGCUUGGUAUUCCCGUAUAAAGGAUGACGCGGCAAAAUAUCCUAAAUUCGUAAAAGCGGCUCACCGAUCACCACUUUGCAUUCCGGCUGAAGUCGACCUCGAGAGAAUCUGCGGAGCUGCGUAG